AUGGUUUACGGAAUUUUGCAUGGUCAAAUUCGCGAGAAAGCUCCUCGCGAUAAAGUAGCUUCAUUUAGUGAAUUACCCACGCAUGCGCGCUUAGCAGAAGAGACUUUUGAUGUUUCUAGUGAACCGACAGCAUACAACGACUCCGGUGCAGUCAAAAAACGCUGUUCGUUUUGUAAAUACACUGGACACACAUUUGACGAUUGUGGUAAGCGAAUAAAUAAAAAUAAGUCUGCUGAUAAACUAAAUUCGCCUUCGGUCAAACCUUCGGUAACUUUGAAUCUUGCAAAGCCACCGGAACUUUCGGCAUCCAGUGUUACGUGUUACGGGUGUGGCGCGCAGGGAUAUUUAAAAAGUUACUGUCCGAAUUGCAAACCGAAACAAACUUAUGCCAAUAUGGUUAUCGUGGGACGAGAUGUCGAGUUUUUAUUCAAUUCCGUGGACGAUAAAACUCUGGAAGUAAGGCCACUGGUACCCCUCGCGAUCAACGGUCAUCGUGGGUGUGCAUUCGUUGACACGAGUGCGAAACGCAGUGUUGCCGGUGCUACAUUAUCUCGCCUAUUGUUAAAUGACUCCGUUCCGUUUACCAUCGAGCGUUUAUUAAUGACUUUAGCAGACGGUGUUAUGAGGAUAGUUGACUCUCGCAUAUUUCGAUGUGAUGUCUUGCUACAGAAUAGAUUGGUUCCCACAAAAUUCAUCUCUGUACCUGAAUACGACACGACAACAGCCGCACCGAGAUCCGCACACUUCUCGGUACUGAUUUCAUCAGAGCGAACCUCCUUUUCAACGUGCCUCAAAACCGGUAUAUGGUAA